AUGGCGGUUCAACUCCAACUUUACCUGGAAAAUGAGGCAGCCCAGAUCCAAUAUAACCUGCAAGAAAAGGCAGCCCGGAUCCAUCUUAACCUGGAAGAAAAGGCAGCCCAGAUCCAGUUUACUCUUGACAAGAAGGAGGCAGAGAUCCAAUGUAAUCUGGAAAAGAUGGCAGCACAGAUCCAAAUUAAUCUGGAAAGGAAUGAGGCAGAGAUCCAAUGUAAUCUGGAGAAUAUAGCAGCCCAGAUACAAUUUGGUCUUGAAGAAAAGGCAGCCCAGAUUCAGUGUAACAUGGAAAGAAAGGAGGCCCAGACCCAGCUUAAUCUGGAGGCUAUGCUAGCCCAGAUCCAGUUUACUAUGGAAGAAAAGACAGCCCAGAUCCAUCUUGACCUGGAAAGAAAAGAGGCCCAGAUCCAAUUUAAUCUGGAGGAGAUGGCAGCCCAGAACCAAUUUAACUUGCAUCAGAUAGCAACUGAGAUACAAUUCAAUCUUGAGGAGCUGGGAGUUCUGAUCCAACCGAACCCAGAGGAAAUGGCCAUACAGAGAGUAGAGGAAACUGCUUCAAGGAUCCAAUGUGGCUUGGUGUUGAAUGGCACUCUGCUGCAUCAAGAACUGAAUGGAAAUGUUGAAAAAGUCUCCACUGGCCUCUCCCUUGAGAGCUUUUUGUUCCAUAAAGUGCUGGGCAAGGGAGCCUUUGGAAAGGUCAUGCUGGCAGAGCUGAAAGAGAGUGGGGAGUACCUUGCCGUCAAAGCCCUGAAGAAGGAGCACAUCCUGGCAAAUAACCAUGUUGAGUGCACCAAGGUGGAGAAAAGGGUGUUGGCCCUAGCUGCUGAGAACCCCUUCCUCGCCCACCUCCACUCCACAUUCCAAACAAAGGAUUGCCUUUUUUUUGUUAUGGACUAUAUAAAUGGGAGAGACCUUUUUUUCCACAUAGAGGUGAUUGGGAACUUUGAUCUACACAGCACACAAUUCUAUGCUGCGGAAAUUAUUUGUGGGCUCCAAUUUCUUCACAGGAAUGGAGUCAUAUACAGGGAUUUGAAGUUGAACAAUGUGGUGCUGGAUGUAAAUGGACACAUUAAAAUUGUGGACUUUGGAUUGUGCAAGGACAACUUGAUUGAUGGGAAAGCAAUGAGCUUCUGUGGCACUGAGCACUAUAUUGCACCAGAGAUCUUCCAGGGAAAGGUGUACUCUUUUCCUGUGGACUGGUGGUCACUUGGGGUCCUUGUCUUUGAAAUGUUGACUGGUGAUUCCCCCUUUCAAGGGGAUGAUGAAGAUGAGCUCUCCACAUCUGUCUGCACAGCUCCACUUGAGUUUCCCAACUGGCUAAACCAGGAGUCAAAGGACCUCCUUGAGAAGCUUCUGGAGAGAGACCCUGCUCAUAGGCUGGGUGUAGCUGGAGACAUCCGGGCGCACCCUUUCUUUAAUGUGAUUGACUGGCCCACUCUUGAAAAGAGGGAGAUGGUGCCCCCCUUCAAACAAAAAGCAAUGGGUGAUCCCCAAGAUGACCUCUUGGACAUGGAGCUCCUCAGCAAGGUGUCCUGUCUGUCAGACAGGGACACUGGCUCUGUUGAACCUGGUGACCAGUUGGCCUUUGCCGGUUUUUCCUUCAUUAACCCCAAGUGGAGGGGUUAA